AUGGAUUUCACAGACGCACUAAAGGAAAUGAUCCGACGGGUGCCCGCGAACGAGCGGGCCGACGUGUUCGCUGCAACGGAGACGCCGAUCGGCGCAGCUGCUGCUGCCGCUGAGAAUGAUGGCGGCGAGAAGGGCCUGGCUAAGGCGACAACUGCGGCUGUGGCCGAGGCCGAAGCAGGCGUGUCUAAUAUCGCGGCGACACAGUCAGUCUGGGGAAAGAAAGGCUUCUAUCUGGUGUGUAUAGGACUGGCCAUGAUUAUGACCUUGUUCAAUUACUCGACCUCAGACUUCAACAACCUCUCGGCCCUGGGUACCCUCAACACAGCCACAGUCAUCAUUUUCGCCGUGGCCAAGCCACCCAUCGCCAAGAUCUCCAACGUCAUCGGUCGUGGCCAGACUUUGGCUAUGACCGUGUGCUUCUAUCUUCUCGCCUAUAUCCUCAUGGCAUCAGCCAAGUCGAUUGGGCCGUACGCCGGCGGCAUGGUGUUUUACAACAUUGGCCAGUCGGGUAUGAAUGUAAUGACGCACAUCAUCGUUGCUGAUAUCACCAGUCCACGCUGGCGGUCCUUUGGCCUUGCCAUCUGCUACUUCCCCUUCCUCAUCACGCCUUGGGUAUCGGCCCUGAUUGUAAACAGUGUCGUGUCUGACGGAGGCAUCGGUUGGCGCUGGGGAAUUGGCAUGUUUGCGUUUCUCAUGCCCUUUGGCGCCAGCUUCAUCAUCGGCACUCUCCUGUGGUAUCAGCGAAAAGCGCGCAAGCUCGGCAUCCUACAUACGCAAACGAUUACAUUAUACGGCUUCUGCUCUGAGAUCGACCUCGGCGGCAUGUUGCUCUUCAUUGCUGGCUUUGCCUGCUUCCUCCUACCGCUGACCAUUGCGGCCCAGGAAAAGAACGGCUGGAGGACCGGCUGGAUCAUUGCGCUCAUCAUCAUUGGUGCCUUUCUGCUGAUCUGUCUGCCCUAUUACGAGACGUACUACUCGCGUCACCCCAUCAUCCCCAUGUUCUACCUUAAGAACGCCACCAUCAUUUUGUCCUGUUUGCUGGUCAUGACCGACAGUAUCGGCUUCAGUGCCACCCACACAUACCUCUAUGACUGGGGUGCUGUGGCCCAUAAUUUCCGUCCUACUGUCGAUACCUAUUAUGUCUACACUAACGGCGUCAUCCAAAGCCUCGUCGGCAUCUUUGCUGGACUUUACAUGUACUGGGCCCGUCGCUACAAGUGGCUCAUCAUGUCUGGCACUGUUCUUCGCCUCAUCGGCUACGGUGUCAUGAUUCGCCUGCGAGGUGCCCACAACUCCCUGGCCGAGCUCUUCAUUGUCCAAGUCAUUCAAGGUGCCGGCAGCGGCAUCAUCCAGACCGCCCCCUUGGUUGCGCCCCAGCUGGUCAUCCCCCACAGCCAAGUCGCACAAAUGAUCGCCGUCGUGUGGACCUUUUCCUAUCUCGGCAGCAGUUUGGGCUCCACCAUCGCCGGCGCUAUCUACACUAACACGAUGCGGGAGCGUCUGAUCGCGCGCCUGGGCAGCGAUGCCUCGUCUGCUCUGGUUGAUUCCCUGUACAACUCCAUCACUGGGACGCUACCAACAUGGGGGUCGGCCGAUCGGAUUGCAAUCAACCUUGCUUACUCCGACGUCAUCCGAUACAUUACAUACUCGGCCCUCGGGAUGUCCAUCCCGGCAAUCAUCUUUACCUGGUUCCUACCGAAUCUUGAAAUUCCAGAUGUUCUCAUGGGUGGAGUAGACGGGCAGCAUGCCGAGGACUCACCAUCAGAGGAACGCAGAACUUUGAGGAAAUAA